AUGCUGACUCAUGUCAGGGAGUGGAGUCAGCAGCUCAGACUCAGAGCUUCAAACCUGCAGCUGCACACUGAGAAGAAGAAGAAGAAGAAGAAGAAGAAGAAGAAGAUGGCCGACUCCAGCAGCACUAGCUCUUCAUCACCACCUUCCUCCAACCACUCGUCUUCCUCCCUCAAAGACCUCUCACACUCAGCCCUACAGCUCGUCCAAUGGCAGGAACCUAAGAGGUCAGCGGCUGCGUUCAUUGGCUCUCUGCUGGUACUGGUCUCUGUGGCGACGCUGUCCGUCAUCAGCGUGGUGUCCUACCUGCUGCUGGCCGUCCUUUGCAUCACCAUCACCUUCAGAGUUUAUAAAUCCAUCAUUCAGGCCGUCCAGAAAUCAGAAGAAGGUCAUCCAUUCAGGUCUUCUCUCCAGAGGGACGUCUCCUUGUCCUCAGAGUCAGUCCGUCAGCUGGCCGAUCUCAGCACAGUUUAUCUGAACCGGGUCAUCCGAGAGAGCCGGCGCCUGCUGCUGGUGGAGGACCUGGUGGACUCUCUCAAGCUGGCAGGCGGGAUGUGGAUGCUGACGUACGUCGGCUCGAUCUUUAACGGCGUCACGCUGCUGAUCCUCGCCGACAUCCUGUUCUUCACCUCGCCACUCCUCUACCAGAAGAAGAAGACUCAGAUUGAUGGGUACGUGCAGUCGGUUCGGUCCAGAGUUGAGGAGAAGAUGAACAAGCUGCAGGACCGUCUACCUGGAGCGGUGAAGAAAACCAAAGCUGAGUGACCCCCCCCCCAUCAGGACCCCCCACCCCAUCAG